AUGCCGCCGCCGCCCGGGCCCGCCGCCGCCCUGGGCACCGCGCUGCUGCUGCUCCUGCUGGCCUCCGAGUCCGCGCACACCGUGAUGCUGCGGGCGCGCGAGGCGGCGCAGUUCCUGCGGCCCCGGCAGCGACGCGCCUACCAGGUCUUCGAGGAGGCCAAGCAGGGCCACCUGGAGAGGGAGUGCAUCGAGGAGCUGUGCAGCCAGGAGGAGGCCCGCGAGGUGUUCGAGAACGACCCCGAGACGGACUAUUUUUAUCCAAGAUACUUAGACUGCAUUAGUAAAUACGGAUCUCCGUACACAAAGAGCCCCGACUUUGUUUCAUGCGUUCAAAACCUGCCUGACCAGUGCUCCCCGAACCCCUGCAACAAGGAGGGGACCCAGGUCUGCCAGGACCUCAUGGGCAACUUCUACUGCCAGUGCAGGGCUGGCUGGGGCGGGCGGCUCUGUGACAGAGAUGUCAACGAGUGCAGCCAGCAGAACGGGGGCUGCGGCCAGAUCUGCUCCAACAAGCCGGGCAGCUUCUACUGCGCCUGCUACGGCGGCUACGCGCUCGGCCCGGACGGCAGGACCUGCCACGACGUGGAUGAGUGUGCGGAGGGGGGCACCUGCGGGGAGGCCCACUGCAAGAACUUGCCGGGCUCCUACUCCUGCGUGUGCGACGAGGGUUACGUGUUCAGCUCCUCGGACAAGACCUGCCGAGAUGUGGACGAGUGUGCAGAGGGCCGCUGUGAGCAGGCCUGCGUCAACUCCCCGGGGGGCUACACCUGCCACUGCGACGGACGCGGAGGCCUCAAGCUGUCCCCGGACAUGAACACCUGUGAGGAUAUUUUGCCCUGCGUGCCUUUCAACGUGGCCAAAAGCGUGAAGUCCUUGUACCUGGGCCGCAUGUUCAGUGGGACGCCCGUGAUCAGGCUGCGCUUCAAAAGGCUACAGCCCACCAGGCUGGUCGCCGAAUUCGACUUCAGGACCUUUGACCCUGAAGGCGUCCUCUUCUUUGCUGGAGGCCGUCAGGACAGCGCCUGGAUCGUGCUGGGCCUGCGGGCCGGCCGGCUGGAGCUGCAGCUCCGCUACCAUGGUGUCGGCCGCGUCACCAGCAGUGGGCCUGUCAUCAACCACGGCAUGUGGCAGACGAUCUCUGUGGAGGAGCUGGAUCGGAAUCUGGUCGUCAAGGUGAACAAAGAUGCGGUCAUGAAGAUCGCGGUGGCCGGGGAUCUGUUUCAGCUGGACAGGGGGCUGUACCACUUGAACCUGACCGUGGGAGGCAUUCCCUUCAAGGAGAGAGACCUGGUGCAGCCUAUAAACCCCCGUCUGGACGGCUGCGUGAGGAGCUGGAACUGGCUUAAUGGCGAGGACACCACCAUCCAGGAGACGGUGAAGGCCAGCCCCAAGAUGCAGUGCUUCUCCGCGACCACGAGAGGGUCCUUCUACCCUGGGACGGGGUUUGCCUUCUACAGCCUGGACUUCGCUCGGACCUCCGCGGACGCCGGCACGGACACCACCUGGCAGAUAGAGGUCACGGCUCGCAUCCGCCCGGCCACGGACACAGGUGUGCUGCUCGCGCUGGUGGGCGGUGACCACGUGGUGGCCCUCUCCGUGGCCCUGGUCGACUACCACUCCACCAAGAAGCUCAGAAAGCAGCUGGUCAUCCUGGCCGUGGAGAGCGUCACCCUGGCCCUGAUGGAGAUCAAGGUCUGUGACGGCCAGGAGCACCGCGUGGCCGUCUCCGUGCGGAAGGAUGAGGCCACCCUGGAGGUCGACGGCACCAAGGGCCGGAGCGAAGUGAGUGCGGCACGUCUGCAGGAGCUCCUGGCCGCGCUCGCGACGCACCUGCGGGGCUCGGUGCUCACCUUCGUGGGCGGACUGCCAGACGUGCCCGUGACCGCAGCACCAGUCACGGCCUUUUACCGCGGCUGCAUGACGCUGGAGGUCAACCGGAAGGUGCUGGACCUGGACGAGGCUGCCUACAAGCACAGCGACAUCACGUCCCACUCCUGCCCCCCCGUCGAGCAGGCCACCCCCUAGGCCGGCAGGAGGAGGGACGGCCGGUCCCCUCGCCCCCAGCGAGAGCAGCUGUGGACAUUGUGCCCCCCGCGGGCCGAGGUUCCUCCGAGACUGUUCUGUGCCUGUAACAUACGUGUACAUAGCUGAGGAGCUGAUGCCGCCGCGCGAAGCCACGGCCCCCACCCCAGUGGAGACUGGGGCUCCUCAACCGGAGCGGACCCAGGAAAAUAAUUCUGUGAUUUUAUUACCGAAGCUUCUUUCUGGCCUAAAAGUAUGGAAAAAUAAAAUAUUUAGAGAACCCUUCUUAA